AUGGCAUCGUCUCAUAACGAUGCCGCGGUGGAACCGGAGGCAGAACCAUGGGCAGUGACGGAAAACGAACAAGUUGGACAGGAUCUUUUGGAAGAGGAUGCGGAGAGCCAGGAAAAGGUUGAUAUUCCAAUGGAUGAUCUGGAAAAAGCGUUCUCGUUCAAAAAACUUUGGGCAUUCACUGGACCUGGAUUUCUUAUGAGCAUUGCCUAUCUGGACCCUGGAAACAUUGAAAGUGACCUGCAAUCCGGUGCCAAAACUGCGUAUAAACUUCUCUGGGUAUUGCUAUCAGCUCAUAUCAUCGGAAUGUUGCUUCAAAGAAUGUCCGCACGACUUGGAGUCGUGAGUGGAAAACACAUGGCUGAAGUGGCUUUCCAAUUCUAUCCGAAAUUUCCAAGAAUCGUUUUGUGGCUGAUGAUUGAGAUUGCAAUUGUGUGCAGUGAUAUGCAAGAAGUCAUUGGAACGGCUAUUGCGAUUUUUCUGCUCUCGAAAGGAUUAGUUCCACUGUAUGUGGGAGUUUUCAUAACGAUCUUGGACACUUUCACCUUUUUGCUCAUCGACAGAUAUGGAGUCCGAAAACUGGAAUUGAUUUUUGGAAUCUUGAUUCUCACAAUGACAGUUUCCUUUGGCUAUGAGUUCGUAGUGGUGAAACCACCAAUUGGAGAUGUGAUAUCCGGAAUAGUUGUCCCAUGGUGUGACGGAUGUGGAAAAGAAGAGCUCAUGCAGGCUAUAUCGGUUGUUGGAGCAGUGAUCAUGCCACACAAUUUGUAUCUUCACUCGGCACUGGUUAAGUCUCGUCGAGUAGACCGUAAGGACCGUCGCCGUGUAGCCGAGGCCAACAAGUACUUCACUCUUGAAUCCGCCAUUGCCUUAUUCUUAAGUUUCUUCAUCAACUUGUUUGUGGUGGCGGUAUUUGCUCAUGGGUUGUAUCAAAAAACAAAUGCUGAUGUGCGAGAGAUGUGUAUUGCGAGACAUGACAUUCCAGAUGCCGAUAUAUUCCCGAAUAAUACAGAUCCCGUGGAAGUCGAUAUUUAUAAAUUUCAAAAUAUAAUUGACAAACUCCAUUUUUCAAAUUUCCAGGGCGGAAUCUAUCUCGGUUGUCAAUUUGGAGCCAUUGCCAUGUUCAUCUGGGGAAUCGGAAUCUUCGCAGCUGGUCAAUCAUCAACGAUGACAGGAACCUACACUGGACAGUUUGUGAUGGAAGGAUUUGUGAGAAUUGAAUGGCCCAAAUGGAAAAGAGUCCUUAUCACGCGAGCAAUAGCAAUCACUCCAACCCUCUUCCUGACCUUUUAUUCUCAAGGAGUGCAAAAUUUGACAGGAAUGAAUGACUUUUUGAACUGUGUUCAAAUGAUUCAACUCCCUUUCGCUCUCAUCCCAAUCAUCACAUUCACCUCAAGCCGCAAAAUUAUGCAUGACUUCAGAAGUUCUAAGUUGUUCCAAAUUUUUGCCCUUACCACCUCUGCAAUAAUUCUAUCCAUCAACGUGUACUUUAUUUUUGACUACGUAUCCUCUAGAUUGGGAACCGAGUGGUAUGUGAUAAUGGUUCUGGCAAUAGUCACCGUUUUCUACGUGCUCUUCGUGCUUUAUCUGGCUAUCUAUUGUCUUGUGUCAUGCGAAGUCAUCCCCGAUACUGUAACCAUCCGAGGAUUCAGCUUCAACAAAUCUUACGAAAAUGACGCGCCGUGGUUAGCGGUCGAAGAAGGCGCGGCUCAUGACAAUCCGGGAUUUCAAAACUGA